AUGCUUUCUAACAAGAAAAAGUUGGAAGAGAAUGCUACAGUUUCUUUGAAUGCAGAGUGCAGUGCUAUUUUGCAGAACACUCUCCCUAAGAAAUUAGGCGAUCCAGGAAGUUAUUCAAUUCCAGUGAAGCUUGGGGAUAUUGAAAUCAACAGGGCACUAUGCGAUCUUGGUGCAAGUGUGAGUCUCAUGCUACUGCCCAUUUGUAAGAAGCUGCAAAUGGGUGAACUCAAACCCACAUGCAUAUCCUUGCAACUUGCAGGCACGCCAGUAAAGUUUUCUUUGGGUGUACUUGAGGAUGUACCUCUUCGCGUAGGUAAGUUUUUCAUACCUUGUGAGUUUGUUGUGAUGGAAAUGGAGGAAGAUGUAAAUGUUCCAAUUAUUCUUGGUAGACCUUUCUUGGCUACUGUAGGUGCAAUCAUUGACAUGAAGAAGGGUAAGAUUACUUUUGAAGUAGGUGAUGAAAAAUUGGAAUACUCACUUUUGAAUGUUAUGGGUACUCCCUCUAUGGGAGAAACUGUUUUUCAGGUUGAUGUGCUUGAUGAGUUGCCGAGUGUCGCUUGGGGGAAGUUUGUGCAUAGUAGCUUAGGUAUGUUCUCUGAGUUUCUAUUUGUUUUGGAACUUGAAGUUUCUCGGAUGAUUGAGACAUGUUUUGAGCAUUUUGGAGAUGUUGGUGGAUAA